UUGAUUGACGUCGGAGUUGACCAAUGCGAGCUCCGUUUUGCUUCCAGGCAUGUUUUGUACGGAAGAAUCCAUAGACUUCUUCGUACUGUCUGAGGAGGACGGGACUGUAGCGGUGCUUGUAGAAUACUGUCAUUCGGGGCAUUCUUAGUGAGACCGUAGGACCAAAUAUGAGCCAGUGGUCAUCCCUCCUGAAGCUGACAGGUGUGCACCAGGAUCAGGUCCUUGGUCUCUACAGUCAUGAUCUCCUGCCUAUGGAGGUACGGCAGUACCUAGCACCAUGGAUAGAAUCCCAGGACUGGAAGCAGGGAGCUAAAGACUGCUCAUUGGCCAAUGUCCAGUUUCAGAAUCUUCUAGAACACCUGGAUACCCAGUACAGCCGCUUUACCCAAGAGCAAGACAUGCUUCAGAAACACAAUUUGCGUAGAUUCAAGCUCACUAUACAGAACCAAUACCAGGCAAAACCACAGAAACUGGCAGAACUUAUUAGAGACGUUCUGAGACAUGAGAAGCAGAUUCUGUUGCAAGCCCAGGAAGCUCAAAAUCAGCCUGGGGCACCAGCCCCAGCUUCCAUGGAGGUUGGUGAGCACUGGGAGAUAGAGCAGCGGGUAAAGGAAGUGAAGGAGAAGAUGCAGCUCCUGGAGCAAGAAGUGAAGUUUUUGGAGGACCAACAGGAAACCUUUCACUUUAAGUAUAACAACUUUCAGGUAAUUGUAACAGCUAGAGUAAAUGCCUCAGAUGAACUUUUGAAGACAAAGAGGACAGAACUGCAGGAACAACUCAAUGAACUGGACAAAAAACGCAAGGAGGUCUUAGAUCAAGUGAAGAUGCUGCUUGGACUUUGUGAGACCCUAGUUGUAUUCCUGCAAAAAGAGCUCAAUGACUGGCACAUACGACAGAAAUUGUUCUGCAUUGGCGCUCCCACCAAUACCUGUCUUACAAAGCUUGAGAGCUGGGUUACAAGGUCGGUUGAGGUCCUUUUCCAGCUCAGACGUCUUCUUUUGUUGCUUGCUGAACUUCCUUUGUCUAUCUCGUAUGAACUUGACCCUCUGAAAACAGACCCUCCAAUCCUUGAGAAGAGACUUCUUGAAAUGUUGUGCUGUUUGCUAAAGAUUUCUUUUGUUGUGGACAAGCAGCCGAUCAUGGCAUAUCCCUGCAGAAGACCUCUUGUGUUGAAAACGAGUACCCAGUUCUCUGUGGGGGCCAGACUUCUAGUUAACCUGCCGAAACUCAAAAACAGCAUGAAAGUCUCCUAUUCGAUAGAUAAGGAUCCCCCAAAUAUGAAAGGGUACCGUGGAUUUAAUGUCUUAGGGCCACAGCCCAAGGCAUUGGAGGAUUUCCAGGGGCAGGGGCUGAUGGUGGAAUAUAAGCAUUUGACACUGAAAGAUAAGAGAAUUGGGCCUGGAGGCAAAGGAGGUAAAGGUGCCAAUGAUGGAGCACUUAGUGUCUUGGAGGAACUUCACAUCAUUACUUUCACAACUCAAUUUGACUACCAAGGACUGAAACUGGACCUAGAGGCUGCAACACUGCCUUUUGUGGUGAUCUCCAACAUCAGUCAGUUUGUAGGUGCUUGGGCUUCUGUCCUCUGGUUCAACUUACUGAGCUCUGACCCCAAGGAUUUGACUUUUUUCUCCAAGACUCCUGAUGCCCCCUGGCUAUUGCUGGCAGAUGCACUGAGCUGGCAGUUUUCAUUCACCACUAAACGAGGACUGAAUUCAGACCAGCUAAAUAUGCUUGAGAAGAAACUUUGUGGGACAACACCAAGACAGGACAGCAGCGUGCCAUGGAGCAAAUUUGCCAAGGAGAACAUGCCCCGACUCACAUUUACGUUUUGGACAUGGUUUGAUGCCACUCUGAACCUGGUCAAACAACACCUGGAAGACAUUUGGAAUGAUGGUCAUGUGAUGGGGUUUUUAAGUCGCUCUAAGGAAGAGUCCCUUCUUGACACCAAGAUGGAAGGCACUUUUCUCCUCCGUUUUAGUGAAAGCAUUGCUGAAGGAGGAAUAACCUUCUCUUGGGUGGAAUAUCAAGAAAAUGGAAGUCCUAAAAUUUGCUCUGUCCAUCCAUACACCAAGAGAGAGCUUUCAUUCAUCCCCCUUACCGAGAUAAUACGAAACUACCAACUAUUGGUUCAAGAAAACAUCCCAGAGAACCCACUAAAGUACCUUUAUCCAAACAUCCCUAAGGACCAAGCAUUUGGACAGUAUUAUGAGCAUCGAAUUGAAAUGACAUUGGAAUAUCAGAAGUACCUAAAACGCAAGCUGAUUAUGGUUUCUGAAAGGCAAGAUGACGCCCAGGAUUCAAUAGGUCCUGGCACACCCCAGCAUAAUGAGGUGGAUGUGAACUCCCUGAUUGAAAACCUGUAUAUGGACCAGUCUACAGACCAACCUACAAGCCAAGAAUUGGACAGAUAUAUGAUGAAUGCUGAUAGUGACCCCAUGAUGUCAUUUACAGAUGCGGGAAUAUAUGCAGAAUGUUUUGGUGAUUUACAGUGAUUUACAGGCUUUCAAGAACAGGAAUGUUAUACUUUUUCUAUCGAGCGGAAGGAAACGUUUGCAAACUUUGUACUUUUCGAUUUUGUAUAGUCUGUACUAGGAGAGUGGUUCCUUAGCUGGUGUUAAAAUCGUCACGGUUUCAUACUUAGUCAUUCACAAGGAUGUGACUUAAAUCUGGGAAUCAAGGGAUAAAAAAUAAUUGCCAAAAAAUAAUUGGCAUAGGGCUUUGUUUUGUGAGAGCAGUAGUCAUCAUAGUGCUUCUCAGUAAGCCUAGUGUCAGUAGAACAUCUGACUUUACCCAGCGUAAACUGGUUUGAGCAGCUCCAUGCACCUGUAGCCUCAUUAUUUGAAGAAAUCCUGGGAACACGGUAGAUCGUUCACCCAGCCAAAAAAUAUAUAUAUUUUAAAACUUAGUCUUACGCUCAUUGAGAGGAAUUAUUUUGACAAUUACAAAAAUUCCCAAAUUUAGAUGGAAUUUUGCAAGAAGACU